AUGGAUGCAGAGGUAGUCGCGUGGUGCGACUACAUUGUGCCUGAUUUGUUCGCUGAUGUCCUCACGGUGAUUGGAGACCGCACCGGCAUGAGCUGGGGUGUCAUGCCGGCUCACCAGUACUGGUUUCAGCCUCCCAAGCUGCACGUGGUGCUCUGCGCGGCGGCGCUGCUGUUCUGCAGGGUGCUGCACCGCCAGUCUCGCGGCUUCCGGUCCGCAGCCAUCUCGCGGCUCGCCACAGCCGGAGUGGGUCGCUCACUGAAAUGCCCCAUCAACAGGCUGAUUGCGUACAUAUUGAUGGUGUGCUUCGCCGUGCAGGGCCUCACCAAGGCAUCGCGGCCGAAGCCCUUUGUGCAACUGGGGUGGCUUCUCAUGCCCUGCCACCUAUUCACCGGGAUGUGGAUCUACAUCUUCAUGCGCGAUAGGCCGCACCAGUACGGGAGCGGCUGCUACCUCGCCUCGCUGUUGGUGGACUGGGUCUGGAGCCCGCUCGGGGCACUGGUGCAGCCGGACUGGGACGAUCAUCAGUACCUCUGGGAGGGCUACAUUUUUUUCCUGCAUCACGCUCUGCUGCUCCUGCUGCCGCUGUACUUUGUCGCCCGGUACGACACGCUCGGACUUGACCGAGCGCACCUGUACCACCUCACUUGGGUCUCGACGUUCGCGAACUUUGCCGUCCUCGCCCCCUGCGGGCUUCUGCUCGGACUGAACGUCAACUACCAACUCGCCCCGCCGCGUCUGAGCAACAGCGCACCCGCCAUUGUGAAGAUGAAGCUCUACCGCCCUGCACUUAUGCCGGUUUUUGUCGCACUGUCUGUCGUUGCCAACAUCGCCGUUCGCAUGCUCGGCAAGGUGAUUGGCCAACGCUUCACCUCUCCUCGGAAACUCACGAAGCUUGAGUAG